GCUUUCCCUCGUGAUGAUUGAUUAGCCAGAAAACAAUUUGUGGGUUUCUUGCACAUUUUUCUUCUCUUGAGGAUUUUUUUUUAGAAAAAAAAAAAAAAAAAAAUUCACGCUCAAAUUCAAAGAGAUGAGAGAAUGUGCACCCUGCCAAUGGAUUCUUCCUCAGUGAUGCUUCUGAAAUAUUAGAUUCAAUUCGGCGUUUUGCAUGGGCUGGUGAAUUCAUGCAUGGCGAUGCAGCGAUCGAGCUUUCUUUUUCUUAUGAAGGUUUUACAUACUUAAUAUUUUCUUCUUCUUUCUGUGGAGAUGGCAUCAUUUUAAUUCCUGGCGCCUGUUUGUUUGGAAAGAAAAUGGAUGAUUGUCUAUGUUUAUCUUCUUGUUGAUUUCUUGGUUUUAGAAAUUUCAAUAACUGAUUUCGGAUCGGCCAAACGCAUAGAAGGAGAAUGACAACGAAGAUGAAGGGCCUUUUAAAAGGCCUUAGAUAUAUUUCUCAAAUAUUUGACAAUGAAAAAGAACAGGAAAUGCAGAUUGGUUUUCCCACAGACGUAAAGCACGUCGCUCACAUUGGAUGGGAUGGUCCUUCCGUUCAUUCCCCCAGCUGGAUGAAUGAGUAUAGAUCACCAACGGGAUUUGCAUCUGCGCCGAUCGGACCGCCGAGCAGCAGGGAGGAUCAUAAGUCCCAGAACCCACCCAACAAAUUGGUUUCUGAAGAUUCAAGCCAGAGAGAAAGAGCGCAGGAGCAAAAUGGUCCGGCGGCCCAGGAUACGCCGAAAUCAUCGAGACGGCAGUCGUCCGCCGGGUCGCUGUCCGGCGAUUCGCCUUCCCGCGAGGCGCCCGGCAAAUCGAAGCACUCGCGGCGAAACCAAUCGGCGUAUGCUUCGAAUUCGCCGGCGAGGGACUUGUCAUCAUCAUCCAACAGGGGCAAACCGAGCAGCCGACUCCAGGAUCUAACUAUCGGGACGGAUCCGCCCACACUGAUCCUGCCGGACAUCCCCAAGAAGAGCCGGCGGAAGAAGUCGAAGGACACUUCCGGGGGCGGGUCGACCCGAGCGUCGAGAUCAAAAGCCCCUCCGACUGCAACCUGUACGGCUCCGUUUUCGGAUCCUGGGUCAGGAUCGGAGUCCGUAACCAGAUUAAAAGACAAUGAAGUUUGUCCGGCGUCGCCUUCGACACCUGGUGAAAAUAGGGAAGCGAAGGGGUGUAAUGGGAUUUCUCGAGGGAUUGGACUGGUGUAAAUGUUGUGUUAAAUUUGAUAGCCACGAGUCUCUGCUUAAAAUGGCAGAAUAGGGGAACAAUUCUUAGAUUUUCUUUUUCUUUUUCUACAUGUAAUUUAUUCAUUAUGUACAUUAAUGGUUGGCAAUGUUAUACUAUCUCAGCUUUUUUGUCAAA